CGUGAUAUUUUUGGAAUGACGACAAUGUCACGUGACCUGGGAAUACAAAUUUCAUCUCGAUCUCCGUUUUGUUGGUUAGGAAAUCCCCAAGUAAAGUUAGAAAAAUACUGCUCGUAUACUUGGUAACUUACCUUUCUUUGUCAUUUACAAGAUUAAUCUUUGUUUCUUCCAAUGGAAUGUUAGAUGGACACGUGAAGUGGAUUAUUUUGAGAAGAUAUUCAGAUGAAGGUAGAGACGUGACUGGGAUGGACUUCAAGAAGCAUCUUCCACAAUGAAGGAGAAUGAGGAGUCAGCCAUUCCCGGAAGGGUUCUUGUGGAACCCAUCGAGUUUGUUGACUUCAUUGAGAUUGCCGAGAGAAAGCAUGGCAGUCAUCGAGCUAGCCCAGAGAGGGAUAUGCCUAUGAAGAAAGGGUUGAAGGAUGCACAGUUCCAUCAGGACCACUCUUACAAUUGCCUACAGAUUGCUCUGCAAGAGAACAAAAUAUCCCCUAGGAGAGAUGGGAGUGUUCACAAAGAGGUAUCUCCAAGAAUUCCGACUUCAUCAAAAACUCCAAGCAAGGAUGAGGUGUUGUCUGUGGUCAUCCAGAAACUUACUGAAUUGGUGAAAAACAGUGAGCAGAAGCAGAAGGAUGACCUUGACUCGAGUAUUGAGGAUGGUGAAGAAGAUGAACAUAGGUCGGGAAAGAGCAAAGAGGAUGGGAGAACUAAAUUGUACCAGUGUCCCAACUGCCCUUGUCUCUUUGCUGUCCGAAAACACAAUUCAGGUCAGCUGUGCUCCUGUUGUGUGCGAGACAGCAGAUGUACCAGUCCUGAGGAGAUUGAAGAAGAAGACACUCCUGAGGCUCAUUGUCUACGAGAUGGUCAAGACCAUGGGGGAAUAGCAUGCGAUAUUUGUAUCUUCAAGGCACAAACAUAUGAUGAACUCCUCUAUCACCUUGCGACACACAAUGCAAAUAUCUUCCGCUGCAAGUUCUGCAACUUUGUUACCACAAAGCACGCAGCUAUUGAGAGCCAUCAAAGUGUCCAUAUGGCAAAGAAUGAGAAGAAAUGUGUAUGUAAUAUAUGUGGGUACAAGACUAGUGAAUUCAGCAGCCUUCAAGUGCAUAUAAAGAAGGAGCACCAGAGUGUCAAAGAAAUCCUUCUGAAAUGUUCUGUAUGUGGAUACAGUACCAGAAGUGAGAGUGGUCUCCGAGAUCACAUGUGGGGUCAUGUCAAUGCAGACAGAGAAACACAGCCACAAAGUCAGAAAGAACUUGAGAUAAGGAGACGUAAGUCCUCAUCCCCUUCCAGAUCAGAGACGGAGGAAAGGAAAGAACUAAAGAAAACUGUCCAAUCUGCUGUUGAGCAAGAUAUGAACACCAAGUUGUUUAAGUGUUUGCUCUGUGGAUAUCUUUGUGAGAAAUUGUCUACCCUGAAGGCACAUGCCUGGAGACAUGCAGGUCAGGAGGGAUGUUCAUAUCCUGUCAUGCACAAACUACAAGAUGCUAGUGAAAUUCUAUCUGGGGAGGUUUCUACUAAUCACAACACUGAAACUGGUUUCAGCUAUGUUGAAGUGACUGAGGAGGUUGAAAUUGCUAAGUUUGUCAGGGAAAGUCCAAGAAGAAAACAAAUCAAAGAAAAGGGUAAAUGCCAAUGCUCUCCUAUCAUGCUGCCAGAAGAGGAACAUGGUAUCGUGCAGAAGGUGUUUGCAGAUGCCACCACAGUAGAUCCUGAAAAAGAGAGCAACACCUCUCCCACAACAUUGGUCCCGCAAGAUCAUUGUGCAGCUUCAUCAACUGUCAGUGUGAUUAAGAAGGCUCCUGAGGUAGCGAAGGAUUGUUCCCAGGAAGAAGCACCUUUGUGCAACUCUUUGGUCAUUGAGCAUCAGAAUGUCAUUGGCCAUGAACAGGUUUCUGACACUUCAUAUUCACAUGUUAUGCCUCUUUCAGUGUGCGAUGUUUUGAUAGAAGAAGUUGUGACCACUGCCAAUGAAGAAAUUGCUGUUAAGGAAGAGGAUAUGAUUCUUGCACAACUUGGGCUUUGUGAUGCAAUUACAGAAACAGAAAAGGCACAAACUAUAAACACACUGCGUUGCGCACAGGAGCAUGUUGAAUCAGAUGGGGAGGAAGGUAAAGGAGAAAACAGACAGAACCAGAAGAGGAAAGCACCAUGCAGUUCACCUGCCCUGGAUAGUAAAAAGAUAUGUACCAAGCCAGGUAUCAGCAAGAUGUUACUAAGUGCGGUAGAUGAUGCAUUGCAGGUGAGAAGAGAAAUGGAGAAAAUCAAUCAGGACAGAUCAAGCAGUGACCCUGUCAAAGCCAAAGAAAGUAUUAAGGAUGCAGUUGCCACUGCCACAUCUAUGCAGAAUUCAGAAAACUCAUCUGUCCAAACCCAUGUGUGCUCCCAGGGAUCAACACCAGUCUUGAAGUGCCAGAGAUGCCCAGCCACCUUCUGGCAUCCUCAAAGACUACAGCACCACAUGGACACCCAUGAAGCUAUUCUGAAAUGCAGUGAUUGUUCCCUCAGCUGCAGUAGUGAAAUAGCACUCAGGGAUCAUGUCAAGAAAGUCCAUCUUACUGCCAAAUCCACCAUAUGCCCUACUUGCCACAAAGAGGUGAAUAAUGAAUCCCCCAAGGACCAUGAGCAGACCUGCGUGCUGAAGUGCUGGUACGGUUGCAGAGAAUGCGAUUAUGUGGUCAGCUCCAUGGAGGAACUGCAGGCCCAUUGUCAAAAAACCCAUCAGAAACCCUACAAAUGUGGGAUGUGUAACUAUUCCUCAGCCACUGCUAAUGGCAUCAAGAACCACAUGAAGUUCCACAAUGCGGACAAGCCUUACAAGUGUAACUUGUGCGACUUCAGUGGUGCCUACCCUCAGAGCCUCCGUUCUCACAUGAAGAAGCAUUCAACCAGCAGUCCAAGUCUGUCUAGUGAACAGUACAAAUGCAAGUUCUGUCCCUACAUCAGUGGACAUCUCCCGUCAAUGAAAUCUCACAUGUGGCGCCAUACCAGUCAUCCAGGCUAUGAUUACGAUGGACAAGACAUCAUCAAGAUGGUUGUCAAAGUCGAGAAAUGCAACUCCAAGGGGAAGGACCAACAGGAAAAGUUGUCAGAAGUCCCUACUAAAGCAAGUAUCGUUGACACCCGUAUGAAAGAUAAAGCUGAAGGAAGAAAAAAAUCAGUAGUAAUUCCUUCACCUGACAAACCCAAGGAUCCUCCAAAUUCUAAGCAAAUACAGUAUGGUUCGGUCAUUUUUCAAUGUUCUCAGUGUGGUUAUAAGAGUAAUGAUCACAGUUGCCUAGUAGAGCACUUGAGAGAACAUCUAGCAAACACUGACAAUUCAGGAAAAAGUUAAUGAUCAAUUCUCUUUUAUAUCUUUAUAGGCAAUUCUUAUUGACAAACACGUGUGGGUUUAUAGCAAUGUAAAAUACUUAUUGGAUUUUUUUUCAUUUUGUUGCAUUGCUGAAUUUUAAUAGAUCUUUUGCUGCAAAAUUUUUUAGUACCAUAUCAAAUCUGUAGAGAAUAUUCAAUUUUUUUCCAAGUUGUUUUUGUCCAUUUGUUUUUCUGUUAGAGAGAGAGAGGGAGGGGGUAGGAUAAGUAACAUGCCGAUCAUUUCUUUGUUCAAAGUUGAUGUCCUGCGUUGAUGUAGCAUUCCAUUUUUUAGGGUUGGAGAAUCAUAUUUACAAGUCAUUUAUCAGCUUUCAAAUUGAAAAAAGAAAAAAUUAUAGAUUUUAUGGCAUAAUUAGGCAAAUCCAAAAGUCAAUGUCAAUUCACAUCACAAUGAUAUGCAAAUUCAGAUUAAUUUCUUACUAGGAUUCUUGUCGACUGCAGAUGUAUACAUUGUACAUGUACUUUAUUUUUUCAGUGUGCUGUGUAAAAGUCGUAUAUAGUAUGACAUCUGUUGUAGAACAACAAUUCACCUUGAGUUAUGCUACAUAUUGGAACAAGAUCAAAAUGAAGUGAAUAAUUGGAUUUAUGUGUAUUUCAGUUGUUUCGGUAAUACCUCGUUUAAUGGAUGGGGCGCUCUCCAAGGAACUGAAUUUCAAAAUUGGAAUUUGUGUGCUACUGCAUCUAAAGUUUUUUUUCAAUUGUUACAUGUUAUCACUCAUUUUAAAGACAAACUUCAUUUUGAAUUUUACCAUAUUCUAUUUCAGAAAAAGAAAUAUACAAGUAACAUUCCCUGAUAAAUGGCUGUAAUU